AUGUCUCAAACUUUAUAUUUCAGCGUUCUUCUCAUCGCUCUCUGUUCAUUAUCUGAAUGCAUUCAGCGCCGAUAUCACCAUAUAAACACAGAGAUGACCUGGACUGAAGCUCAGAGAUACUGCAGAGAAAACUACACAGAUCUGGCCACAGUCAACAACAUCAAUGACAUGAACGACAUGAAUCAACUGAUGAUGAGUAUAGAUAACAGUCUGACUGAUGUCUGGAUUGGACUGAAUAAAUUAAGUGUUAAUAAAUGGAAGUGGUCUCUGGGUGAUCCCGUGAAAUAUACAAACUGGUAUAAUGGAGACUCAAAUGGUCCAGAUGAUUGUGUUUAUAUGAGAGAUGGAUCAUGGUAUCAUCAGAGCUGUAAUGAGAGCAUGAGUUUCAUCUGCUACAAUGGUGAUAAAGGAUUCAUCAUUGAUGAUUCUUCAGUAUCAUGGAGAGACGCUCAGAUCUUCUGCAGACAGCAUCAUACUGAUCUGAUCAGUGUGAGGAAUCAGACUGAGAAUCAACAGAUUCAGAACAUCAUGAAUGACAAAAACAUAUCUGAAGUCUGGAUUGGUCUGUUCAGUGACUCAUGGGAGUGGUCAGAUGAGAGUGAAUCUGGAUUCAGAUACUGGAAGUCUGAUGAACCUAAUAAUUUAGGUGGUUCUGAAAAUUGUACAGAGGUCAUUGUGACAGCUCAGAGUCAAUGGAAUGACUUGGAUUGCAGUAACACUCUGACCUUUGUUUGUCAUGAAGAUAAUCUGAUAUUGAUCCAGAUGAAUCUGAGCUGGUCUGAAGCUCUGAGAUACUGCAGAGAGAAUCAUGUGGAUCUGGUUUCAGUUGAUUCAGAGAAGAUUCAGCGCUGGUUGACUAAAGUGACUGAAGAGGCCUCUACUGACGCCUUGUGGAUGGGGUUACACUAUUACUGCCAAAUGAACCUCUGGAUCUGGAUACGAGGAGAGGUCGUGUGCUAUCAGAAUUGGGCUUCAGGGAACGAAACAAGACUGAUGGACUGCAACACUGAACACAGAGCUGGAGCAGUUCAGUCUGGAGGAGAUCAUCUCUGGAUCAGCCGUCCUCAAUCUCACAAACUCAACUUCAUCUGCAGCAGAUAUUAAGAUGAAUGAAAUCAUAUUGUAUGUGUCUGUAACCUUCUCUAUAUUCUCUUUAUGAUAUUUUUCUGCAACAGCAAUGCUGAACUAACUUCUAAUAUCUGCUCUGAUUUAAUUAGUCAACCUUUUUUAAGACUUAGUUUUGGUAAACCAUUUUUUUGCAAGCAUGUGAGAAAAUAGGUAAUUGAAAUUUGUCUCCCCUUGUGAUGUCAGAAGAGGAUCUUAUUAUAAUAAUACCGCCCCUUAAUCUGCACUAUUUAGUCCAGAGAUCAGCUCAUUUGCAUUUUAAAGGACACACACAAAAAGCAAAAUAUUUUGCUUACACCUACAAAGUGUCAAUCUUAACAUGUUAUAAUAAAUUAUCUGUGAGGUAUUUUGAUCUAAAACUUCACAUACGUACUCUGAGGACACCAAAGAUUUAUUUUACAUUUUAAAAAAGUCUUGUAAAAUCUCCUCUUUAAUGUCGCACUGCUUGUCAGGUGCUUGGGCUGCUGUUGUGUCUCAUUACUGACUUCUAACAUCAC